UCUUUUAAUGUUUACCAGACUGGUGUGUGUAUGUGCGCGCGUGUAAGUUACGUGUACGUGCUUGUGUGAGAGGAUAAAGACUGGGUGAUGAUCCAAUCUUUUAUAGAGAGGGCCGGCAACUGCCCGGUGUAGACCGUAUAGGCUAUUGAAUGAAAGUGCUGAACGAUUGUAGCCUAUUAUUGUUCAAUCUGAUGAUGCAGAUUCCCCUCCGGACGACAGAACUGGCAGCUGGUUCACUGUGUGGCAGCACCUAACCUACUGGAUCCAAAAUCUGCCACUCACAACAGCAAGCCCUGCCUUUCCUUCUCCGCCAAGUCAAUCACGCUGAGCCCUAGAGAGGAGUGUCAGGCCAUCGCCACGGUGAUGAAGUGGAAGACGGUGUUGGCCAUUUUCCUCCUGGUGGUUCUCUACCUGGUGGUGGGAGCUGCCGUGUUCAGGGCCCUGGAACAACCCCACGAGAGUGCUCAGCGCCUGGCCAUCCUGAAUCAGAAACUAGAGUUCCUCUCCACACACACCUGUGUCAACCACAGCCAUCUGGAGGAAUUGGUCAAGCAAGUGGUGUCAGCGAUCCGUUCAGGGGUGAACCCAGCAGGGACUCUGACCAAUCACAGCAGUCUCUGGGACCUAAGCUCCUCCUUCUUCUUCGCGGGGACCGUCAUCACUACUAUCGGUUUUGGGAACAUCUCUCCCCAUACGGAGGGAGGGCGUAUCUUCUGUAUAAUUUAUGCCCUGCUGGGGAUCCCUCUGUUUGGCUUCCUACUUGCUGGAGUAGGAGACCAAUUGGGAACCAUCUUUGGGAAGGCCACCGCCAGGGUCGAAAAGAUGUUCGUGCAGUGGGAUGUUAGUCAGACUAAGAUCCGUGUCAUCUCCACCGUUCUCUUCAUCCUGUUCGGCUGUCUGCUCUUCGUGACGUUGCCGGCGGCCAUCUUUAAACACAUUGAGGGCUGGAGCGCUCUGGAGUCCCUUUACUUUGUUGUUAUCACCUUGACAACCAUUGGUUUUGGGGACUUUGUCGCAGGUGGUUCAGAGAUUGAGUAUCUGGACUACUACAAGCCUGUGGUGUGGUUCUGGAUCCUGGUGGGGCUGGCGUACUUCGCUGCUGUUCUCAGCAUGAUAGGAGACUGGCUCAGAGUCAUCUCUAAGAAGACCAAAGAGGAGGUAGGGGAGAUCAGGGCUCAUGCAGCAGAGUGGACGGCUAAUGUCUCGGCAGAGUUCAAGGAGACCAGACGUCGCCUCAGUGUUGAGGUCUACGACAAGUUCCAGCGGGCCGCAUCAAUCAAACGCAAACUGUCGACCGAUCUGGGCUUAAACUCCACCCCCGAGCUUACCCCACCCAAGAGGAUACUGCCCGUCAACUUCACAGAUGAACGGGAGAGGGAGCCGAUGUUCCCGUACAUGACCAAAAAUGGAAGUAUUUUUCAGAAUGGACUGGGGGGAGAGCCUAGGAGAGGUGACGUGGCUAUUAUAGAAUACCUCAAGUAGAGAUCACAAACGUUCACCUCUGACCCCUGACCCAGCUUCAGCACAAGCCACACCCACCUGGUUACAACAAGAAAUGGCAGCCAUCUUUCAGCACAGGGUGUAUGACAUCAUUAGUCAACAUCUGCCCCGAUGACAGACUAUAUAACUAUAUGACUAUGAUUAUGAAGCGGUUUGAUUAUUAACUACAACAGAAUCACAACAUGAAUUAUGAACUAGGAAUAUAUCUUUAUGGAUCUGAAUGGAAGAGUGACAUUCGGGGAGUACAUGUAAGGUCAGGGCAAAUCUGAAUUGACAUCCUAAUCCUAGUGCACUACCUUUGGCCACAACCUCACUGGGUUCUGGUCAAAAGAAUAGGGUGUCAUUUCAGACAUAGCCUUGGUUUAUGUAUCCUAUUUAUUAUGUUGCCAAUGUAUGAGGAAUAUUAAUGAGGAUGUCUAUAUGCCUUUAAUCAGAGAAUGUGUGGGUGUGCAUAUGUGUGAAUGGGUUCUAUGGGGCUCUAAGAGUGAACCUUUCCCCUGACUGUUAAUCAGAAUCGGACCUCUUAGCUUUCUUUCUACUGAAGGAAUCACAGCAGUGUCUUAGUUCUUUUCUACCAACAGACUGUACAUGCAUGUGAAUUAACAGUAUUUUCUCUUUCUCUUUUAUCGUUUUAAACAGCGAGACAGUUUGUCAUUUAGAGUACGUGACUGUUGUCCUCUGGGCUGCUCUAGGGAUGCUGAGAGUGUGGAGCAGCAAAUGGAGGCUCCACUAUGACUGUUUCAGGGCAGACAUUUUAAGGCCAUACACUACAGACUGAAAUGACAGUUUUGCAGCUACCUAUACAUUUUUAGAUUUGUUGGUAUUUUGGUCAAUUAAUAUUAGUAUUUUCAAAAAGUAAACAUACAAAUGUCAAAAUAUUUAUGAAAAUUGAUAUUUUCUUUAGUUUAUCAUACUACAGUCAAAAAUGUCAUGGAUUUUAACCACUUUAAAAUGGACAUACCUCCAUAAUUUCAAAGCUCACUACAUUGAAUUACACAUCAUUUAAAAGCCCAUUUCAUAAAGAAUGUAACAAACUUUACCAUAUGUAGUAACUUACUUUGAAGAGAUGGUGAUUGGGUCUUAAUAGGUGUUUUGUGUUUGGUAGUCUAAAUUCAGUGUAUUUAUCUUUAACGGCCACUUCCAGAAAGUCAGACUCUUUCCACACCCCAACUCAUUUUCCUCAUCUUCAGAAGCAUCUACGUUCACCAAAUUGUGUAUGGUUUAUCCAUGGACAUAUUCUCAGAUAUCUAUACAGGGGCGUAGGCAUGGGUGGGCCUGGGAGGGCACAUCCAAAUACUCCUCCAAAUAUCUGCAGACCCACCCACCAACACAUUUCUGUACAAUGUUACGUACUUUAGUAUUGUACACAUAGAAAAAUGUUAAAAAAAACGUAUUUAUCCACAAUCUGCUCAGAGUAAGUCUGUCCUGAAGUGGCUUAACAAAAUGAAACCAAAAUAUUUAGGCUGACUUAAUCCAGUGUCCCGAAAAAUGGAUUUGCAGCAUAGGAAAAUAUGUGCAUAUAUAAUGAUAUUGCCUCAUUUGCACAUUUUAGUAUAAUGUAUAAGAAAAGGUGCAAUACAAAAAAAGUGUUAUAGUUGACAUUGGUGCCAGUUUUUUGCGAUGUCAAAAUGCAGUCCUACUACAUAUGGGGGGUGGGGAGGACAUAUCGUCACAAAUGUUGAAUACAGUUCUUCUAAACUAUUUGGUCUUAAUUUAGAGUAGGCUGGUUUUAGGGUAAUGGUUAGGGUAUGGGUGACGGGUUAGUUAGACACAGAUUUAUGGCGCUAUACUUCUGUCCUCUCUAGGAUGGCCAGAUAGUGACAGCCAUGUAGAGAGGGUGAGGCUAACUGCAAUUGGCUGGAAGAAAUGUCUUCUUAGUCAGUGUCUCUGCUACCAGGAAAAACAGCCCUCGUCAUCUUGCUUUUAGUUCAACACGUUUCCGAAAUCGACAGUUCUGAUCAACAUCAUGUUCCCAUAUUGAGAGCUAUGCCAAAUCCGAAGGCGAUGAGGGUGUGGCGGUUGACUAUCAGGCAGAUUUUGCCCAAUUAUUGGCAAAGGACCUGAUCAGGUUGGUCAAAAGGCCAUAGGCAGAUUUUGGUCAAUUAUUGGCCAAAGAGCUGAUCAGGUUGGUCAAAAGACCAAUUACUGGAAAUAGAUCAGAAUUGCCAAAUCAGAUCUGUAAAUCAUGUUCUCCUUAAAGGAGAUGGAUGAAGUAGAUCCACAUGGCUUAUCAGUCUGUUCAAUUCUGAUGGAAAAGCAUCAGCUCUCAGCCACGACUGUCAGCAUACCAUUUAUGAUUUAUUUUUUAUCACAUGCAUAUCUAUUUUUCAUAGCAAUACGAUAUCUUAUCUUAUAGCAGCCCUUUCUAUGUUCAGUGUGACGUAUAGUAUUUUUGGCUGAAACCAUAGAGGGGUAUUUGAGGAGGAGGGGGUUGAGCCAGCCGAUGUACUCUAGAUACUGAGAGAUAGCCAUCGUGCAGUGACGUCACCCGCCCUGAGAUCUAGUCAACUGUCGCUUGUGCAUAUGGUUUGGAUGUGUUGUGAAUUUUCUGCACAUUGCAGACGGAUGCACAGGCCAAAUUACUUUGAAUGUUACUUGAAGUCUUACAAAAACAAUGAAUGAGCUGGUGAGACACAGCACUUUAACAGGCUAUAGAACCAUCAACACUGCAUUCUACACACGGACGCACACUCACACGUACACUCACACACCUGAGGGUUCUCUCUCUCACACCCCGUGUACACCUGCCAUUCAAAAUGCACUUUUAUUUAACUGCCUAUGUUUAAAGUUACAACAUUUAUUGUGUUCACGGCUAACUAUUUCACCACGAAAGGCUUUUGUAUCGUCGUAAUGCGGAGAUAAACUGCAACGCUUCUCUUUCUAGCGAUGUUGCUGCACGUCUAGCACACAGUCCACAGGGCUGUGUUGUAUUCAUUAACACCAAUGUCAAACCAUGGCUAAAUUCCAUUAUCCACAUUAGGGUCCCACCUAGAAGGCAAGCUCAAUACACUUCUUCAUUCUAAGUAGUAGGCUAGAUGCUAAAGUGGAUAUUAGAAUAGAGCCCAUAUGUGAAAUCCCUGACAUUUCAGGGUACUAUUAUUUCUGACUGACCAUCACUAGUAGGUGGAGAGAUAUAGAGGAGUGGAUAGGAGGAUAGAGGACAGUAAAAGUACUGUACUAACAUGGUCUAAAAAGCCUGGGGAGCAGCACCACACAACGUGUGUGUCAUUCAGGUCAUGGCGAUGUGUUACUUGAUUGUGUCCACAGCAGUGCCACAGUAGUGUCCUUGACUUUUCUCUGUCUGUGCUACUGUCAGAUCUGGGUCCAAUAUGCAUUUGUUUUGUUUCAAAUACUUCAGGUGCGCUUGAUUUAGCUUGACUAGCAUGCAGAGUUUGCACUUGGGACUAUACCAUUAGUUCCAUUGUGCUGGACAAGCUACAUCAAACACAGCUCAAGUAUUUGUAAUAUAUUAAAUGUGUGUAAAUGGCCCAGGUCUGGCUAUUAUUACAAUAUCUUUAGAUGUUGUCUAAUCGCUGCAACGGGAGAGGCGAAGGUGGAGUCAUGCGUCCUCCGAAACAUGACCCGCCUAACAUCGCUCCUUAACACCCGCCAGCUUAACCCGGAAGCCAGCCGCACCAAUGUGUCGGAGGAAACACCGUUCAACUGGUGACCGGGUCAGCCUGUAGGCCCCCGGCCCGCCAUAACGAGGCGGUAGAGCGCGAUGAGCCAAGUAAAGCCACACCAGCCGAACCCUUCCAUAACCGGAACGACGCUGGGAACACGGGUCUGUAGUGAUGCCUCUAGUACUGCGAUGCAGUGGCUUAGACCGCUGCGCAACUUGGGAUGCCCAGUAUCUUUAGCUUUGACUUUAAUAUGGGUUAUUGAUGACUGUUAGCAUGUUUGAUAUUUUUAGCUGUGCUAAAAAAACUGACUGUUAUUAAUUCCAUGCCUGGACUUUAUUCUGCAAAUACAACAUCAGAUAUGUUCAGGCUUUUAUGAUUGUUAAUCUUUUUGUUUUCUCUGUUUGUUUGGGACAUUUCUAUACUGGCUGUCUGCCAGAGAUAAAGUUAAUUCUGUAAAAUGUCUGUAGAACAAGUCUAUACAAAAUCUAACUGGUUUGUUUUUAAAUAUAUAUAUCUAAUGAC